UUGGCCACUGACAACAUGCGGGCUCAUGUGCGAGGAGCUGCUGGUCGUAUGCCCGCAGGCUCAGCCGUCUGUGGGACGAUUUCGUGUCAGUAUCUCACUGAUCGUCGAGGAAAUAUGACGAAAAAAUUAACAAAGGAAGAAAUUAAGGAUAAACUAGAUGGGAAUGAGCUUGACCUGAGUCUUUGCAAUCUAAUCAAGGUCCCUGUGAGAGAGCUGGCCUCUCUUCCUAAGGCCACAGUUCUAGAUCUGUCCUGUAAUAAUCUAUCAUCCCUCCCGGAGUCAUUUUGCACCUUGCGCCAUCUUGUACGGCUUGAUUUGAGUAAAAAUGGGUUGACAGAGUUGCCAUGUGAUUUUGGCCAGCUCAGUCUACUCCAGAGACUGGACUUGUAUAGCAACCAACUUAGUGAGCUGCCCACUAGCUGCAGUCAGCUGAGAGAACUUAAAUGGCUGGAUCUUAAAAAUAACCCUGUGCAGACUCUAAUACCAGAUGUUGUUGGUGACUGUUUAAAUGCUGACGAAUGCAAGGCUUGUGCGAGGAAGAUGAUAAGUUAUUUGAAAGCAGAGGAAGCCAGAAAGGAAAGAGAUCAACAAAUAAUAAUAAUGGAGGAACAAAAAAGGAAAAAGGAUCUGGAACAGGAGAUGAAGAGAGAAAAGGAACUCCGUCGUCGGCUAAAGCAACAAGAGCGACAGCAAAAGAGAGAAGCUUAUGAGGCAAUGAAGAGACAAAAAAAACUCAUGGCCGAGGAGAUGCAUAGGGAUUUACAAUCUCAAGAGGAAUUUAUGGAGACAAGGCCACAGGCAGAAACACCGCCACCAGUUGAUGAUGACGGAGGCCUCAUAGGUAUUCUGCUGGUGCUGGUGGCUGUCACCAUGGUUGUCCUAGUGGGUGUGGUUUUGUUUUGCCAGUACGACCCCGCCUGUCGUGAGCUCCUGGCAUCUCUUGCCUCUUGACCCAAAUCAAUUAAAAAAUAGUGAAUUUUUAAGGACAAGAAUUUUGACAUCUUGUAAAUUUGGACAGCUGUCAGGCUCUGAGCUGUGAUACAGAGUUUUUAAAAUUAUUAUUAGAUAUUCUAAGAAUUCAGUAAUACAUCCAGAUAUUUAUUACCUCAUUUUACGAGGGCUCUGUAAAGAAUUUACUGAGAAAUAAAACAAAUGUUGUACUGA